CUGAUUGUCCGCUGCUCAUUCUAACUGCAUGCGCAAAAUAGGUGUUGCAAUAAGUUCUGCAAUGAACUAAAGUGUUAGUCGAAUAUGGCGUACGAACAAAACGGGCAGGUUUCUGUUCACGAGGGCCAGUUUGAAGACGCCGAAGAAGAUAACAGUGUUAUACCUGAGUUAUUGACUCAUUAUAGUGUAAAUGAAACCAAUACAAAAGCUGAAGAUCACUCAAAUGAAAAUCAAAAUGGCGGAUCAAGCGACCACGUGAAAUCUUCAUCGGAAGACAGCGACGAUGACGAUUUUGGAGAAUGGGAUUGGGAAGACGAAACUGGAGAUUUUACUAAGCGCUACAAUGCGUCAAGAUCAGAGGUGAAUGUUACGAACACUUCUGGCAAGCGCCAAUCAACGUUACAACCGAACGAGAAAUCACUAGCAAAAUUUGGUAAUCGAAUCAAAAUUGAAAGGUAUGAGGGGCCUAAAUUAUCGAAUAAAGCCGCUAACGUUCUGAUUCAAGCGAGUAAAAAGCUUGAAAAUGAGAGACUGCGAGCUAAAGACAAGGCAGACAGGGCGACUGUUGAACAAGUUCUUGAUCCUCGCACGAGAAUGAUUCUGUUCAAAAUUCUCAACAAAGGAGUGAUCUGUGAAAUAAAUGGCUGUAUCAGCACUGGUAAAGAGGCCAAUGUAUACCACAGUACUAAUGUUGAUGGGGAUGAGCGAGCAGUGAAGGUGUACAAGACUUCCAUCUUAACAUUUAAGGACAGGGAUAGAUAUGUGACAGGUGAAUUCAGAUUUCGCCAUGGUUACUGCAAGCACAACCCUCGCAAGAUGGUGAAGACUUGGGCUGAGAAAGAAAUGCGCAACCUGACCCGUAUGUACCAAGCCAAUAUUCCCUGCCCAGAGCCAAUUAUACUGCGCAGCCAUGUUCUGGUCAUGGGUUUUAUUGGGACAGAUGGCUGGCCAGCACCUCUGCUCAAAGAUGUCACUUUGUCGCAGUCCAAAGCUAGAGAGCUGUACCUUCAGUGCAUCCAGAUUGUCAGAAACAUUUACUGGAAAUGUCGGCUUGUUCAUGCUGAUCUCAGUGAAUUCAACAUGCUGUACCAAGCAGAUAAGCUGUAUGUGAUUGAUGUUUCCCAGUCGGUUGAACAUGACCACCCACAUGCAUUAGAGUUCUUGAGGAAAGACUGUACCAAUGUCACAGACUUUUUCAAAAAGAAUUGCGUGUGUGUCAUGACUGUGCGAGAACUGUUUGACUUUGUUACAGAUCCAAGCAUCAGUGAUGACAAUGUCGAUGACUACCUUGAAAGAGCUCAAGCUAUAGCUGCGAACCGUGGAGUCAAAGAAAUCCCAGAAGAAUCAGUGAAAGAAGAGGUUUUUAAGAAAGCUUACAUUCCUCGUACACUGGAGGAAGUUGUGGACUUUGAAAAAGAUGCAGAGAGAGCUAAAAAGGGGCAAGCAGAAGAAAUUUUGUACUCAACACUAACAGGUUUAAAACCAGACUUAACAGGAGUACAAGCACAACCUGAACUCCUUAAGAACAAGCAUGUUGACAGUGGGGAAAAUAAAGGUGACUGUCUUGACAAUAGAGAGGUUGAUAGCAGUGAAAGUUCCAAUGAUGAAAGUGAAAGUGAUGAUGGAGAUGAUGAACAAAAGGAAAAAGUUUUGGAUGAAAAAGGAACUGCUUUGAGCAAAAAAGAACACAAGAAACUUGUGAAAGAAGCCAAUAGGGAAAAAAGGAAAAACAAAACGCCUAAACAUGUCAAGAAAAGAAAAGAAAAGCUGGCUAAAACAAAGCGUGGAAGAAAUAGCUAAUUACUAAUUCAAGUUACAUGUAACUUUGUGCACAAAAACAAAUAUAGAGCUGACAUUGUAUAUAAAGAUUCAUAAACUGAGUCAGGAUUGUAUAAGCCUGUAAAUACAGUCACCUUUGUUACUCCAAGUUUUUCAGAGCUAAAAGGAAUAAAAGGAAAAAAAGCCCUUAGUACAUGUAGCAGGGAGUUAUGUGAGAUGACUGUAAUUGUAGGGUAGAAUUACACUGGCUUAUGCUAUUUCCAGUGUUCGCACUAACAUUAACAAUUUUUGUCAAUAAUUCCAAAGCACUUCCUGUGUGAACAGAUUAAAGACUUAAACAGUUGA